UUUAGCUCAAACUUUGUAAACUUUAGUAAAACUUGAAUCUUGGAACCUCUUUUCGAAUUAGAAACUUGGAUUUGAAUCUUUACUUGCAACUGGAAAACUUGGGAAAUGAAAGUUCUAUUCUAUUUUAAAGCAUCUGCUUUUCUUAUCUUAUAUGGAUUUAUGCCAGGCACCAAUUCUAACACAGAUGGAGUUGCACCCAGUGCCGACUACCCUUACAUCAUAAAUGAAGUUAAUGCUGCGGAAGAUAGUUGGCAAAAUAUUGCCCAAAGAAUCUCCUGGCUCAGAGAUGCUGACGUCAACACACUUUUCGAAGUAUAUAAAAGCCUCACUAACAGUAAUGAUCCAGAUGUCUCGAAGUUUCUGUACACAAUGCUGAUACAACAUUCUCUUGCUCGAGUGGUUUUGACAAGUCUGAAAUUAAACCAGGCAAAUAGCAAACUUCUGAAGAAGCUGUCAAAGUACAGCUAG